AGGGAGAGGCGGAGCUUUUGUUCUGUAGCUGCUGAAGGCGCAGCCUGGACUGUAGUUUCCCGGGAGAGGAGAGCAGAAACGGGAGCGGAGCGCAGUCGUCUGAGCAUCAGCUCCCGCAUCCCGCCAGGGGUUGCAGGUGUGUGGGAGGAUUGAAACUGUUCCAACAUGGCUUUCCUUGGACUUUUCUCUUUGCUGGUUCUGCAAAGUCUGGCUGGAGGAGCCACUCCCCCUGAGGGAACCAUUGCGGAGUUGUCAGUAAAUAUGUAUAAUAACCUCCGAGCCACUGGGGAAGAUGAAAAUAUUCUUUUCUCUCCAUUGAGCAUCACCCUUGCAAUGGGAAUGAUGGAACUUGGGGCCCAAGGAUCCACCCUGAAAGAAGUUCGCCAUUCAAUGGGAUAUGACAGCCUGAAAACUGGUGAAGAAUUUUCUUUCUUGAAGGAGUUUUCUAACAUGGUAACUGCUGAAAAGAGUCAGUAUGUGAUGAAAAUUGCCAAUUCCCUCUUUGUGCAAAAUGAAUUUCACAUCAAUGAUAAGUUUUUGCAAAUGAUGAAAAAAUAUUUUAAUGCGGAAGUAAAUCAUGUGGACUUCAGUGAAAAUAUUGCUGUGGCCAACCAUAUCAAUAAGUGGGUGGAGAAUAACACAAAUAGUCUGUUGAAAGAUUUGGUGUCCCCAAGAGAUUUUGACUCUGCCACUCGCCUGGCCCUCAUCAGUGCUGUCUAUUUCAAGGGUAACUGGAAGUCACAGUUUAGACCUGAAAAUACUAGAACAUUUUCCUUCACUAAAGAUGAUGAGAGUGAAGUCCAAAUUCCAAUGAUGUAUCAACAAGGAGAAUUUUAUUAUGGGGAAUUUAGUGAUGGUUCCAAUGAAGCUGGUGGUAUCUACCAAGUCCUAGAAAUACCAUAUGAGGGAGAUGAGAUAAGUAUGAUGCUGGUGUUGUCCAGACAGGAAGUUCCACUGGCCACUCUGGAGCCACUGGUCAAAGCACAGCUGAUUGAAGAAUGGGCAAACUCUGUGAAGAAGCAAAAAGUGGAAGUGUACCUGCCCAGGUUCACAGUGGAACAGGAAAUUGAUUUAAAAGAUGUUUUGAAGGCGCUUGGAAUAACUGAAGUUUUCAACAAAAAUGCAAAUUUGACAGCCCUGUCUGAUAACAAAGAGAUUUUCCUUUCCAAAGCAAUUCACAAGUCCUUCAUCGAGGUUAAUGAAGAAGGCUCCGAGGCUGCUGCCACCUCAGGAAUGAUCGCAAUUAGUAGGAUGGCCGUGCUGUAUCCUCAAGUCAUUGUGGACCACCCAUUUUUCUUUCUUAUCAGGAACAGGAGAACAGGUACUAUCCUAUUCAUGGGACGAGUCAUGCACCCUGAAACAAUGAACACAAAUGGACAUGAUUUUGAGGAACUUUAAGUCAUUUCACUUGAAUAACAAGAAAAAAUAGUAACUAAGCACAUUAUGUUUGCAACUGGUAUAUAUUUAAGAUUCGUGUUUUACAGUAUAUCUUAAGAUAAUAUUUAAACUAACUCCAUAUAAAAACAGUAUGUAAAUUAUAAGCCAACUUGUCAAGGAAUGUUAUCAGUGUUAAUGAGGUAAUGGUCUUGUCGUGUCAUGUGUGUUGUGUCGGUAAUUAAAAUAAAAGUACAUAGUGAACAUGUGGACAACUCUGCUUUUCAUUGUAGAAGUUAUAGUGUAAAGAUUCCUCUAGGUGAAAUCUGGGAGCAGUGAGGUUUCUGGACAUCUUAAAUCUUUUUUAAUCAUGCAGACUCAAGGCACCAAGGUAAAUGAGCACUGUAUGCUUGUACUUAACAAGCAGCAACAAGUGAAAUGAAGGCAAGCACUCUGCAAAAAUUCAGUUUGUUUUUUCCUCCAAAGAUGGUGUACAGUGUAAUAUAAAAGCAUCCCAACUGACCAUCUUCUGCAUGGCUCCAUGACAAAACGUGUUAGAAAAAAAAUAGGGCUGUGCAAACCCAUAGCUUAUAGCUCUGAUUUAUUUACCAUGUCUUUCAAAAUAAUCUGCUUGGCAUCAGAAGGCUUAUGUAGCUAACCAGCCUGGUAUAUCGCCAUGUUUUGAUGCUGCAAAUAAAAUCCAAGCUACAACCAAGUUCUCAAAAGUCCCAAAGUGAACCAUGUAAACAAAUUAGUAACAAAAAUAUGCUCUAUGAUAUGUCUGUGACCAGAGAAUUAACUAGAAAAAACAUGCUAGUAUAGAUACCAGAAAUCAGCAUGGCAUGGGCUGAAUUCUACCCACAAAAGUGUUUUUGUUUGUUCUGUGUAGGUUUUUACAGUUUGAAUUUGAAUGUCUGUAAUUGAGGUACCAAAGUUUUGUUUCUCCCAUUAUCUGAUGGCUCCUAGUGCAUUUGUUCGAGACCUCCAGAGAGUUACAAGUACUUUGCAGAACAUAUUGAUCUUAUUCUCUAGAACAAGAAGUAGUUCAUUCCAACAUGGGGCAGGUCUCUAGUGAAUUACUUUGUUAUCUAUUGGCUGAAAUAAUGGUAUUCUUCUGGAAAGUGGGGAGAAAAAAAGAAAGGAUGGUCUGAUCAUGUUCUAUGAAUGGAACUAGAAGCAUUUAAUGCCAAACAUUAACUUUAAUUCCAUUCAGGAGACUUGCUUGGGGGAAACAGGUCUGGCCCUAGACCUACUGAAUUUUAAACUCUGAGGGAAAACUUGAAAGCCUGUAUUUUUAAACAAGUUCCUUGGUGAUUUGGUUACAUGCUAAAUCUUGAAUAUUGCCAAAUAAAGGAUACAUGUGGAAUACUUA